GGUCGCACCUCCCGCGCUAUUCUAAGAGCGAACAGAUUCUCGAUCGAGUCUUUCCAUUCAUCGUUUUAGAUUUUAGCGGGCGACUCUGUAUCGUCGAUCGGAAAACCGGAACGAAAGAAGGCGAAGCAAACGAAGGAAACGAUCGGUCAACCGCGAUACUCGAUUCGGGAUAAACGACCGCGAUCGCUGGAAUCGCGAAACGAAUUUCUCGGCAUGAUUGAUAGAGGUUUGUGCGCGCACGUGUGCCGAACCCGUGCGAGAGAGAGAAAGGGAAAGAAGGAGAUAGGGGAAGAGAAGCGCCGGAAGGCAACCAACCGAACGCUGCUCGAAGAAACUCGAGCUUUCUUCGGAGCAGUAGGAGAGUAAGGAGCGAAAUACGAAAAUCGUCAGGUGCACAUUUUCGCACGACGUUUGCCAAUAAUCGGUUUCCUCGAAACGAAGCUCGCUCGUCGCACCGGAAUAUUCGCUUCGCAUCAUCUUCGUAAUAUUUCUAUCUCGUUAUAGCGCUUGUUCGUAAGCUCCUCCGAUCGCUCGUAACGUACGCGUAAAUAGCAGGAAAGCGCAUUUGUUCUCGUAACGCGGUAAUUUCCAGGAAAACGUAGGCCACGAGUUACGGCGCGAGAAAAUUUGCUCGAUUUCUCUUUCGCUGCAUCGGUCGCAAGAUUUCAGCAACGCGUAGGUAGUCUUGACCCGAACGCGAAAAGAUUGACGCGUGUGCGUGCAUAGGUAGGUAGGUAGGCGAGACACGCGCCGUCGUUGGCUCGUUACGCUCUCAAGUAUUAUAUCGAUUAACUGUUGGCAACAGAAGAGAGUCAGUGGAAAGCUCGUCUGAGGGUGGCAUGGCUUUGGCUUUCCUAUAUUAUUAAUCUUGCUUCGUCUCUUCCUCUCUCCUUCUCUCUCGUUCUCCGAAACACCGAAACACCUACCCGGUUCUCUCUGUUCCGACCGCGCGUUGCCAGUCAGGUGUCGCGGACAGAUUUCGCGCUUCAAACGCGGUAGACUUUGAGAUUUUGUUUCGUUUCGAAAAACUACGCUUCUGAAAAGGACAGCCGUUCCGUCGAAAACAUCGUCCGCUCGGCAUCGAUCGAUGCGCUGCUCCAAUAACGAUUUUCUCCACGAAACCGAUAAACCGACCAACGCACCGUGAACACACCUGCGUACGCCUCCGUCUACGAACAGAUUGAGGGCCGAUCGAUCGUUCUCGACUACCUUUUCUCACCGACAUUGUAUCAACGAGUUUCCAAAGUUUCGAAACGGACGAAAAGCCCAGCGGUAUCGAGAAAUUAAGCGGACGCGACCUCGCAAAGGGUGCGAUAACUCUCCGAUAGAAUCGUAAUCGACGUUCUCGCGAUUUCUCUCGGCGUUCCUUUUUCGUUGGGCGACUGGUCGCGAGAGCAGGCGUGCUCGACGAGCGAAACGUCAAAUACCGGGCCGAAGCCGGCGCGUCUGCUCGUGACACGUUCGUAACGCGGUCGAGCGAAAUAAUCGUAAGCCGGUGCUCCGACGUCGUAGUCGCGUAACCCGCGAGCGGUAUCGCGGAAGCGGAUGACCGAGUUUCGCCGCGGACCACGCGACUAGUUUUACGCGCGAACGUCGAUCGCGUAGAAGACCGAACGCGAUCCAUCGGCGUUUGUUCGCGACGGUUUACUCGGUGACGGUAGACGGUUGAUCGUGAACUGCAGGGAAAAAGGGUGAAAAGGGGAAGGAGCAGAGAGGAGAGGGUGAGGGUGCAUCAUCAAAGGCCGGUGCGAGCAAGAAGACACACGGUGGCUGUGCGUGACAUUUUUGUAAUGAAAGCAAGCUAAACGUACGUCGCGCUCUCGAUAGCGAGCACGGUAGACAUCUGGUCUGGUCUGGUUGGUUGGUUGCCUUGCCUGUUCUGCCUGCCUCUCGCCUGCCUGGCCGUUCUAAUAUUGGAAAUUGCGUCUCCACCCGCGCGACCUCCUCUCCGACGAGCAUCGUACCAUGUGCAGGACAUAUGUAUAAACAUAAGCUCAGUCUGCCGCGAUGCCGAAGCCGUUUCCUUCGAAACGCGUCCGCGAUCGAUCCACGCUUUUUCUCCUGCAUACCUUCCUUUCUUUCUCUUUUUCCCUUUUUCGAAGCGAUUACCGCUGCUUCCGCGAAUUACGCUUCGUUCGAUCAUCGAGGGUUUUCGCGGUCGUCGAAGGAACGCGAGGACCGGCACGCCGACGAAAACCGUAACGAAACCGCGCGUUCGAUCGGAAAAACGAGUACGUGAGCUCGCGUUUAUAUCCGUGCGCGGCACACAGCUGCACGAGAAACGUAAUUACCAACGGCAGAGCCGUGGAUUUUCUGCCGUGGCACGUAUAUCGUUUCCAGGCGACUCUGCUCUUGUUUGCUCAACUAAGCGUCUUAACGAAUUGCCGCGAACGCGCGUCUCCGCCCUCCUGGCCGAACGACCGCUUUCCCUCUUUCGCUCGCGACGCGCCGAUUCGUCGCCUUCCUCCCUCGUUCGCCCGCUAACGAAUCGAGCGAUCGACGAUCGCGAACAAGGGCAAAUCACUCGGAGGGAGUCGACGCCGAUUAAAAUUAUCUUGACCAUCUGUCGCGAUAAAGUCGAAUCCUUUCUCGACCGGAGGCGAGGAUUAUGCAUCGACGAACACCCGUUCAAACUUUACUCGGAGUUCAUCCGCGCGUUCACGGUGGGAAUCGAAUUCGAAACGCGCGGUAAUUUCGUCGAUCGACGAAGACGUUUGCCGAGCAAAAAUCGACGCGAGCUGUUCGCAGUCGAGAAGGAAACGCUUUCGUACUGAUCGUAAAACCGGCUUUGCUUCCUCGUUACGGUAAACGAAAAUUAAUCGCGAUAAUUACUUUCCUUCGACGUUGAAAAACUUUAAUGGCGACGAACGUUAAUGCACGGACCCGACGUUCGUAGUCGCGUUAAUUUAACUGGAAUUGUACGCCGUAAAAGUUGCGCGCUCGAGGCGAUCGACGACGUCGUUUAUUCGUUUGCCGCAAAGCCGAUUACCAGCAAAACUCGCGUUGAAAAUAUCAAACGUUCCGACGAUAUUCACGACGAAAGAGUUAUUCCGAUUUUCCGCUAAAAAUUAUAACGAAUCGUGCGAGGGUAGUUUCUUGGACGAAAGGAAAGACUCGUUUGCAUUUCGCGUUAAUAACGAAACCAUGCGGCACCGACGCGUCGCGACGACCAGGCAAACCAGUGCCCCGAUCAAAUAAAAUUCCUCCACCAGCGAGAGUUGCGCGCCACGUGGAUCUUGAACGUUACUUCCCGCUUCUCUUUCGCCUAAUAUCCCUUCUCGUAAUCUCGUCCGUAUCGAUUCCGCGCGCUUCGUAUCGGACGUUUCUCGCCGGAUUGUCCGGAUCGUAUCGCCUUAGGUAAGGCGUUAACCGUCGCGCGAGCGUAAUCGAGUACUUCCAAUUAUGCGGUUGGAUAUUCGGGACGAGUAGUCGAAUCGCGAUAGAUUCUCUCGUUGGUAGGUAAAAUUGCCGCUCGACCGUUCCAUUAAAAUCAGUCAUCGGUAUGCACGGUGGAGUGCUGCUCGUCGACGAGCACGUACACGAAAUAUGCGACCGCGGCAAUCGCGAAAUGGAAUCGAUCAAAUACGAAUCGUGGUCGCGAUGUCGCGCAUACGCGUCCUGGUUUGCUCGUUUUCCGAGUCCUUUUGUUUCACGACGCGUCGCGACGCGACGCUUUGAUUUUUUUAAACGACACGCGUAAAAUAAAAUUAUCGUAUCGGUUACGAUAGCGGAAUAUAGUUCGUCGAGGGAACGACGACGAAUCAAUGGGUCGAAUGUUGAACAGGCAAGCUGAGCGGGCAUGAAAGCGGAGGGUGGAAUGGCAGCAGCAACGAUCCUCCACAAGGUGAAGGUGAAGGAAGAGGCAAAGGAAUGCUGCGGUUAUCAGCAAUCGCCGACGGCGUCCUCGACGUCGUCGUCGUCGGGAAGCUCGAGCGUCUCAACGGUGACGGGUUCGAGCGCGAGCACCGUCGUCAACACCGUCGGCAACGGCGCGCCGAGUCAGCCCGCGAGCACCGCGUCGUCGACGACCACCCUGCAGAAUGCAACCCCUGCGAGCUCUGCGAUCGUCUGCCAUCCGAACGCGCCGUCUUCGCGCGUCGCCAGCGCCGAUCCCUUUCCCGUCGAUCUCGAUCUCAAGACCAAGGCCAAGGCGAGCUCCACGGCGAGAGAGAAAACGCCGCGGGAAGACGGCCAAUCGGAAGCGCACUCGCCAUCCUCUCAUCAUCAAAGGAUUUCAACGGCGGUAUCGGGCAACCAACCAAAACAGAGCAACGGUCCGCGGUCCGAGUACAAAGGAUCGACCGCUUGUUCGGAAUCCUCUGACAACGACAGUCCUUUGCCUUCGCACCCUCUGAAACCGGAAUUCGAGGAUGGCAUCGGUCCCGGAGGCGGUGGCAGCGGCAAUGCCGGAGCUGCUACCAGUUGCAGGACGGAAGAGCAAAACGAUGUAUCCGAGUCGACGAAUAGCGGCUCCGGUAACAGAUGCAUCGCCGGUGUUUUCGCGGGUCACGGCGAGCUCAAGAGCGUGCUCGGCACUGUCGUGAAAUUCGCCACCGGUAUAUCUCCGGACACCGGUGACACCGUGCUCGCUCUGGUGCUGGCGCUUUUGAGCGGCGGUAUGACGGCGGAAGAGUUCCACUCGGCGUUACAGGAAGCGACCAAUUACUCUCUCAAAGAUUUCGUACUGCCGCACUUGAAGCAGCAAUUACCUUCUUUGCAGAGGGACUUGAGCAACGCCGCCAGAGCAAGCAAUCAGAGUUGCGCGCAGUUCUUGCGAUCGAACGAGGCUGCGGUUCUGGAAGCCGUGGGUUUGGUGUCCGCCGGAGAGUCGCUCGAAGUUUUCGGAGAACACACCGGGACCGGCGGCAAUCAGUGUUCCGGUCAUUACGGCAUGCGGUCCAAUUCUAAUCCCAGCGUCGGUGGUAUUCCGCACGCGAACAACGCCGGUCUUCACCAUUAUUCCGGCAGCGCGUCGCACGCGCCGAAGCGUCGUGCCUCCGACACUCCGUACUACGAAAACGGUGCCCUUCUCGACGACGUCCCCAUGUACGGAAAGAGGUUGUCGAAUCCCUGGAGUCACCACCAUCCGCCGCAACAGCAACAACCGUCCACCGACGGUUCUUCCCCUUACUGUUGGUAUCAUCCGCUGCAUUCGACGAGUGGAUCGAUUCAAGGGCAUCGUCUCGGUCACGGACACGGUCACAGUCAUGGUCACGCUCACGGUCAUGGCCACGGCCACGGACAUGGCCACGGCCACGGUCACGGACCCAGCCCGAUACCGCCUAAUCCGGUGCAAAUGAACCAGAUGAACCCGUUUUCUGGAUCUCAUCAUCUGGCUCAGCAGCCACAACAGAUGAGUCACGUUCAAACGCAGAACGGGAGCCUCGACGACGAGUGGAAAAACAUUCACAUGAUGUUAAACUGCAUCCUAGGAAUGGUGGAAAAGACAAAGAAGGCAUUGGCCAUUCUGCAAACGCGAGGUUGCUUCGGACCGACCGCGACGGCCCCUCCGACACCGGCCGGAGCUCAGAACGGUACCGGUAACACCGGGACGAACAAUCCGUCCUCGACGAACGGUUCUCAAGUGGAGUCCUCGACCGGGGAUCGGGAGGGUAGCUUGAAACGAUUGUCCGGGGAGAUCGUUGCUCAGACUAUCAGAGCCAUCGAGGACAAAGUCGCGGAACUGCAAAGGAAAGAUGAAGAAGCCGUGAAGAGGGCCGUGAUGGUCGAGGUGCAACGCGCCGUGAGAGCAGCGGUGAUCGAAACGAGGACGAACGAACGGCUGCGAGUUCAUCGAUUACCCGACGCACCGUUGUCUCAGCGAAAUCACGGCGCUCUGCGUCAAGGACCGUAUCUACGGGUCCACGGUAACCCCGGACCGAUAGACUCGAGUCCUAGAACCGUUACCACGCCGACUACCGUUUCCAAUUCGAUACCAUCGACCACGGAAGACGAGAAAGAGUCGCACCUGCAAACCGUCUCGGGAUCCAGCUGUUGGAACUGCGGUAGACCGGCUUUGGAGACUUGCGGUGGUUGCGGAAUCGCGCGGUACUGCGGCUCCUUUUGCCAACAUCGCGACUGGGAAGCGGGAGGUCAUCACGCGACCUGCAACAACCCUCCGCCGCGCGAACCUCGGAGAUCGACCUCCAGAAGUCCGCCGAGAGUCGCCAGUGGUGCCCUCUCGACCACCGUCAACGAAGCGACGGUCGUUUCGCCGAUAGCGGCCGGGGCUGCUACCAAAGGGAAGUGACGUCACCAUGCCAAAUCUCACCCUCGCCGAUUCGCCGCUGGCUCGAUCCAACGCGAUUCGCGUUAAUCGCGAUUCAACCGUCUAACGUACCUUUUCUUCUUUGUCGAAUCAUACAUCUUCUGCUCCUCUAUUUUCUACUCUUCUAUCCUUUUCAACGACAUUCUCCUUCCGAUCUACCCUACUGAUCGUACUUUUUCUACGAGAAACUUUGUUCCUUCCCUCGAGGUCGCUCUCGAAUUUGCAUCCCUCUACGAUUAUUCUGUCUCGUCGUUCGACGAAUCUCUUCGUUAGAAUAGCAAAAGUAACGGUGUUCGAUCGAAACGCUACAUUAGAAACGAAUUCGAAGUACGGUUCCGGAUCGUAGACGAUUCGAAGAAGCAAUAAUCCGCGGUCGUCGAUUACGAGAACAACGUCGACGUCGCGAACGUACGACGAACCAGAAAUAGCCCCGUUUCUGCGCGAAGAAACGGAAAGAAACAAUGCCGCCCAAAGAAACGAACGAUCCGAUAGACGCAAUCGCCACGGUACGAAGUUAACAAGGAACGUAUCGUGUUCUAGUCCCGCGAAAGAUCAACGCGAUCGCGAAAACCUUGACAAAUCGCUGUCUCCGCUUCUCGUCGAAGCGAUCCUAGGAAACGAUUUUUCUUCGACUCCGAAUUUCGUAAUUGGGAUCGUUCGCUAGUCAAUUUAACGAUCGCAACGAAUAACGCGACUACCAAAAGCAAUUACGAUCUUCUCGCUUUUACUCUGUACGCGUCGUAUACGUUUAAGUCUAGUCACCGUCGAUUCGCCGGAGCGAAUU